UGCCUUGAUUCUGGUUCGGAUGGACUCGGAUUGUGGUGUAAUCGCCGGGUCACACACAGAACAUUCCAGAGCCAGGGGCUGCUGCAGACGGAAGAAGGACCCGGCUGUCAAACCGCUUGGCGCUCAGAGAUGACGUAAUCGAGACUUAUUUGGAUGAACAUGCUGAGGAGAAGCUGAGCUCAAAAGGCUUCCUUUUUGUAUUUGUUUGCUGGAUAAUCUUCUCCAUAUCAGCCUGCAGUCAUGCUGCCGCUGAAGGAAAAGGACAAACCCAUCAUCCAGAAGCUGCUGGCGGCGGGAUGCUGCGCUCGCUGCAUCCUGCGGUUCUGCUGCGUCAAUCUUCCGUCUGCUUACCGACAGCCGCUACAGGUGACACUCACAGAAAUUCAGGAUUUCAUUUUGGGAGCAGAAGAUGAAAAGGUUCAGGAUCCUGCCACUGCUGUGUCCACUGAGGAAAACAAUUCCCAGAAUGCAGCAGAAGACCCGCCCAGUAAAAGAGUUAAACUAGAUCCUGCUGAUCCGUCAGACGGUUCUGCUGCAGCUGCAGUGAUCAGGUCAAAUCCUGGGGAAUCACAGGUUUGCGUGGCGUGUUUGGGAAUCCUGCAGGAAUUGUGCGGCACACAGCAGGCCGUUAAGAUUGCAGAGACGGUGAAGGCGCAGAACUACGAGUUCGACUCCCUGGUGCUGUCCAUCUCUCUGCCGGCUCAGCUCUGCGUCCGUGAGCAUUCCUGUUGGCUCCACGUGAAGAAGGAAGUGAGAGAAAAGGGUUUGGCGCUCGACAAAGAUGAUGUCAUCCAGGUGAAGGAGGCCUUCAAGUGGAUCAUGCAAAGUCUGGUGGCGAAGGAGUUGGGUGGGGGUGUUGCUGUUGUUAGCAAAAGUGGGUUUGAAGUCGGCGUGGAGUUCACUCAUCCAGAAACAGACUCUGACUGUCACUUCCUAGCUAAAGUCUGUCCGGACUGCUUCAAACCCACCAAAAACAAGCAGUCGGUGUUCACCCGCAUGGCUGUAGUCAAAGCUCUGGAAAAGAUAUCCGAUGACAAGUUCCUAAAGCAGUACCCGUGUCCGCCGGCCCGUCCCGCCAGCAGCUGCGUCCCUCAGGACGUCCAGUGUCUCCACGUGUCCGUCUUCAUAGCAGGGAGGUACAACAAGUUCUGCCGCAGUCUGCCCCAGACUCCCUGGUUGAUUGAUGGAGAGAGGAGGAUGGAGUCCUCGGUGGAGGAGCUGAUCGCAGCGCCCGUCCUGACGGCCUUCAGAGCUGACGGAUUUAAUUUCUCCUCGUCUGGGAGAGAAGACGUGGACGUCCGAACUCUGGGAAACGGACGACCAUUUGCGAUGGAGCUGCAGAAUCCACACAAGUCCAGAUUGAGCAAACUGCAGAUGAAAGAGCUACAGGAGACCAUAAAUAAAUCUUCGGAUAAGAUCAGAGUUCGAGACCUGCAGAUCGUUACCAGGGAGGCCAUGGGUCGGAUGAAGGAGGGAGAGGAGGAGAAAACCAAGUCGUACACGGCGCUUGUUUGGACCCUGAAGCCCAUCCAGAAAGAAGACAUUAGCUUCAUCGAUGACAUCAAGGAUCUGACUCUGGAUCAGAAGACUCCUCUGAGGGUUUUGCACCGGCGGGCGCUGGCGGUGCGACAGCGAGUCAUCCACACCAUGAACGCCCGCUACGUGGACGCUCACCACUUUUACCUGGCUCUGAAAACGCAGGCCGGGACCUACAUCAAAGAGUUUGUGCACGGAGACUUUGGUCGCACUAAGCCCAACCUGUGUGAGCUGCUGAAGACCGACACGGACAUCCUGGAGCUGGACGUGGAGUCUGUGGAUGUAGACUGGCCUCCCGCCAUUCCAGAGUGACUAUGGAUGUUGUCCAUCGGGGAAAACUGGGAAACGUUCUCUUCAGGGAGGCGGUGUGACAGCUCUCUGGAGGGGAGGAGCUUAAAAAAAGCACUCAAACGACCAUAUUGGUUCACGUUAGCCUUUUUGUUCUUCAGUUUGGACCACAACUUAGGUUUAGCAGCACUUCAGUGUCCUUGUUCUGUUUUAACUUUUUUUUCUCUGUAACAGCAUCUGGAUGAAGAGAUGAUUUUGUUUUCAAAUAAAAGAGAUUGUAGCAAAGAAAUCUGUCA